AUGGCACCGCAAUAUAUGCCCCUUCCCAUGGGAAACUCUUACGCAGCGGCGUGGGCAGCCAAUACCACUUUCGAUUCUCCAGACUGGAACUGGUCGCGAAGCAACAACUUCAUGGACGGUGACUACAUACCCUACAUCUGCGAAGCUCUCCUUGUGAUAGCCAUAUUAGCGUAA